UACUAGGAGCUUUGUUGUUCUGAUACUCAGCUGACAUUGUGUCACACUGAAACAUCUUUACUACGUUGUAAUGUGAUUAUCAGAUGAACAAAACCUCAGCACUUAUAGAAGGAGUUACACUAACAUCUUAACAUCGUAUUAUUACAUUAACUGUAUUCCAGACAAAUGCCCAACGAUGUCGGAUCUGAAAGAAUGGAUUUGCUCACAGUAUGAAACCGUUCAGGAGUAUAAUUCCUUACCUGAAGACGAAGUUCUGCUGGCUGAUCGAUACACUCAACUGUUGAUCGUCGAAAAACACGGAGAGCAAGGGGAGAGAGAGAAAGAGAUCGUCAACCGUGGUGCAGGGUUCUUUGGUGCAAGAAGUAGUGGUUAUAAAAGCAUCACCAUAGACCAGUUCUUCAGACCUAAUGGCAGUGGACGUGUUCCCAAAGCUGUGAUUCUCCAGGGAAACUCUGGACAUGGCAAGUCUUUCACCGCACAGAGGAUCAUGUUGGACUGGGCAUCAGGUAACCUCUACCAGGAUGAGUUUGACCUCAUUUUACACUUGAGCUGCAAAGAACUGAACCUAUAUAGUGAAGGAAGUCAGAGUGUUGUGGAUCUUCUGAGCUGCAGUGACACAUUUACCCCUCUGGUCCUAAACAUACUGAAGGACUCACCUCAGAAGGUGCUUCUCCUAAUUGAUGGAUUUGAUGAGCUGCAAUUCCCACUUCAUGAAAUCCGCAAGUCUCCUGUUCCAGACUUUUCCACACCAGCUCGUGUUGAGGUCAUCCUGGGUGCUCUGCUGAAUGGGAGCAUCCUAUCUCACUGCUUCCUGCUGGUCACCACACGGCCCACUGCUUCAGACAAACUGAGAAAGCUGCUCAAGCGUCCUGUGCGCUGCACUGAAAUUCUGGGCUUCUCUGAGGAGGGUGUACAUGAGUACAUAAAGAGGUUCUGUAAACAUGAAGAGGUCGGGAAGGAGGCAUUCAGACGAGUGAAGGCAAAUGAAACUCUCUACACCUCCUGCUUCAUUCCUGUCAUCUGCUGGAUCGUCUGCACUGUAUUUAGUAAGCAUUUGGUGAAGAAUAAGCAACAGACCAAUAGUCUGGAAACAACCACCUCCAUAUUUGUCCACUUCGUGUCCAUUCUGCAGGAGCACCACUGCCGGGGUUUGAGGCAGCCUGUGCCAGAUCUGCUGAGGAGCCUGGGCCAGCUGGCAGAGAAAGGGAUACAGGAUCAGCAGGUCCUGUUUGACAAGGAGAGUGUGGAGAGCACUGUCUCAGAACCAACCAGUGUUCCCUUCCUAUGUAAAUUCCUGCUGAAGGAGACGGUGGGAACAAAAGAGAUGUUCAGCUUCAUGCAUCUCAGCUUUCAGGAGUUCUUCACUGCACUCCACUACACAUUGGCCCCAGACGAAGAGAAGGUGAAAGAGCUGCUUAAACCCAUUGAGCAAGAGGAAGGCAGAACCCAUCUCCUACCUGUCAUUCAGUUCCUCUUUGGUCUUUCAGAAGAGAAGGUGAUGCAAGAUCUGAAGAAACUCGGGCUGUCCCACUGCAUGGAAGCACAGCUGAAAAAGUGGAUUAUUCAACUGAUUGAAGAUAGUAACGUCCACAAGAAAAAGGACACAAUGCUCUUCACUCUCCACUGUCUCUAUGAGCUCCAUGAAGAGGAGUUUGUGAGGAGAGCCAUGGCGGUGUGGGGUGAGGUGAAGUUUGAAGACAUCCCCCUGACGAGGACAGACUGCUGGGUUCUGCUCUACUGCCUGCAGUGCUGCCCCACCAUCCCAAAUCUGGAGCUCAAAGAGACAAGCCUGAUGCUCACAAGGUGCAACAUCACAACAGACAAGCUGAGAAUGCUGCAGCCUGAACUGAGAAAGUGUCAGAAGUUGGGGUUACACGUGGUGGAGCUGUCAGAUGUUGAUGUGGACGAUCUGAUCUCAGCUCUAGGAGAGGAGAAGACCAUCUCUGAAUUACGUCUGUUUGACAGCAGCCUGUCAGAGGAGAGUGUGCAGCAGAUCUUCACUGCUCUCUCCAAGCAGGAGAGUGUGGGUGGAGUUGGGCUCUAUGCGAAGACCAUCACCCUACAAACUAGUGAGACACUUCUGCACUUCAUCAACAGCACACAGACUGCAGAUUGGGUUUGGUAAGAAACA